AGUAACAGGUAUACAUGUAUUUCUUUUUGUUACUCUUCUCCCAACUUAGUUAGGCCCUGUAUUGGGUCAGUUAAUCUUUCUGGAUAUCAGUUUACCAAUCUGUAUAAUGGGGGAUCAAUACUACCCACAGUGAGUACACAUGAUGCAGAUGAAAAUUGUGAGCAUCCAGAACUUCAAAAAACAAUUCCUGAGUGAAGAUAUUUGAAGGAGACAGUGAUGACUCUUACCCAUUUUCCAUAAAAUAAGCUAAAUAUCACCUCUCCUGGACACCCUAUCUAAAAUGGCACCCCUGUUCCUCAUCACUAAUAUGUUUCAUUUUUCUUCACAGCAUUUAUUGCCAUUUAUUGUAUGUUUAUAUUUGUUUGUAUAUGGCCUAUGUGAAUCCCCCCACUUGAAUGUAACAGCCACCAGAGCAGGGACCCAAAACACUGACAGGUGGAACAGUGCCUGGCACAAAUAACCAUUUGUUGAAUGAGUGAUUGAAGGAAUGAAUGCAUGAAUGCGAGCUGUGUAAUGAUACAGAGUUAGCUUAAAUUGAAUGAUCGAAAGAUUUGCUUGAAUCUUCUUUGCCCUCCAACGGAGGGGUCUCAUGGUUUGGCUUCCUUAUACCUAUACCUGGCUACAAGCAGUCACUCAAUGGCUACAAGCAAUCACUAGAGCCUCCUUGAGUAUCAACUUAGGCGUGGGUAGAAUGGGUUCCGUAACCUGUGUCCGGGCAGCAGACACGGGUCAGUGUAUUGCAAUGCAUGCCUCUGUGUUCUAGUAGCCUGUAAGCGGCUUGAGGACCGAGGGCUGGUCCGGUACACGGUUGUAUUCCCAAAUGCUUUGCAGAGAGUGUGGCCCAGAGAGGUAAAAGAAAUGUUUGUUGAAUGAAUGAAUGAAUAUGUAAGAGGAAACAAAAUACAGGGCUCUUAAUCUCCCUCCAAAGUUGAGGUUACCAUCUGAAAAUAAGCCUGGCACAUGGCACACACAUUUAUCUGAACCAGAUCUCUCCAGGGACAAGGAGGCGCUAAGCAGUUGGUUCCCCAUCCUGAGGGAAGGAAAGGCGAGCCUAGGCUCCAGAUCCGGUUCCAUGCCGCGUUUUGGAAUUUGUGUUUACGUCUGCCUUCAUCCUCAUCCUUUCCGCUCUAGCAUUAGCAAAAUUAUAACCCGGCACACCGACUUGCUUGCAGUUAUCAUAGCCCGGUGCCCCUGCGUUGAGGGACUUCGCCCCCGAGACCGCUGACUGACUGUGAAUGACAAAUCACAAGUCAGGGGUGCAGAAUCAGCCGGACUUUCCUGCUCAUUUGCAGCAGAGGGACGAAGCAGAGAAUGAAAGAUUCUGAAAAUAAAGGUGCCUCGUCUCCAGACAUGGAGCCCAGCUAUGGGGGAGGUCUCUUUGACAUGGUAAAAGGAGGUGCAGGGAGGCUCUUUAGUAACUUAAAGGACAACUUGAAAGACACCCUCAAAGACACAUCUUCUAGAGUUAUACAAUCGGUUACCAGCUACACAAAGGGAGAUUUAGACUUCACUUAUGUUACCUCCAGAAUUAUUGUGAUGUCCUUUCCUUUGGACAAUGUUGACAUAGGAUUCAGGAAUCAGGUUGAUGACAUUCGGAGCUUUUUGGAUUCCAGACAUCUUGACCACUACACGGUGUACAAUCUGUCACCUAAGUCUUAUCGAACUGCCAAGUUUCACAGCCGGGUCUCAGAAUGCAGUUGGCCCAUCAGACAGGCCCCCAGUCUGCACAACCUCUUUGCUGUGUGUCGGAAUAUGUAUAACUGGCUACUACAGAAUCCCAAAAAUGUCUGUGUUGUCCACUGCUUGGAUGGACGGGCAGCAUCGUCAAUUCUGGUUGGUGCUAUGUUCAUUUUCUGUAAUCUCUACUCUGCUCCUGGCCCAGCGGUUCGAUUGCUGUAUGCAAAGCGACCAGGAAUUGGACUUUCGCCUUCCCACAGGAGAUACCUGGGCUAUAUGUGUGACCUACUAGCAGACAAACCCUACCGCCCUCACUUCAAGCCUCUCACAAUUAAGUCUAUCACUGUCAGUCCAAUACCCUUUUUUAACAAACAGAGGAACGGAUGUCGCCCUUACUGUGAUGUGCUGAUUGGAGAAACCAAAAUAUAUUCAACCUGCACAGAUUUUGAACGAAUGAAAGAGUACCGUGUCCAAGAUGGAAAAAUCUUCAUUCCCUUGAACAUCACUGUGCAAGGAGAUGUGGUCGUGUCCAUGUAUCACUUGAGGUCAACCAUCGGGAGCCGGCUGCAGGCUAAGGUGACCAACACGCAGAUAUUCCAGCUUCAGUUUCAUACAGGAUUCAUACCACUGGACACAACGGUUUUAAAGUUCACCAAGCCAGAGUUAGAUGCAUGUGAUGUACCAGAAAAGUAUCCUCAGCUAUUUCAGGUGACACUGGAUGUAGAACUACAGCCCCAUGACAAAGUAAUAGACUUAACCCCACCGUGGGAACAUUACUGCACAAAAGAUGUCAACCCCAGCAUCCUCUUCUCUUCUCACCAGGAGCAUCAGGAUACGCUGGCCUUAGGAGGACAGGCUCCAAUAGAUAUCCCUCCAGACAACCCCAGGCAUUUCGGGCAAGGCGGUUUCUUUGCCUCUCUCUGUUGGCAAGAUCAGAAAUCAGAGAAGUCAUUCUGUGAGGAGGACCACGCUGCCCUGGUGAAUCAGGAAAGUGAGCAGUCGGAUGAUGAACUUCUGACCCUUUCCAGUCCACAUGGCAAUGCCAAUGGUGACAAGCCUCGUGGGGCCAAGAAGCCCAGCAAAAAGCAGCAGGAGCCCGCUGCCCCUCCGCCCCCCGAGGAAGUGGACCUGCUGGGCCUAGAAGGGUCUGCAGUGAGUGAGAACUUCUCUCCACCGGCGGCUCCUCCCAGCAAUUCUGAACUGCUGAGCGACCUGUUUGGGGGUGGAGGAGCGGCUGGCCCUGCCCAGGCUGGACAGGCAGGGGUGGAAGACGUGUUUCAUGCGAGUGGACCUGCGUCCUCCCAGUCAACACCGCGCCGUUCUGCCGCCUCCGCCUCUGCAUCUCCAACCCUCAGAGUGGGAGAAGGUGCCACCUUUGACCCAUUUGGAGCACCUUCUAAACCAUCAGGUCAAGAUUUGCUGGGUUCUUUUCUGAACACGGCCAGUGCUUCCAGUGACCCCUUUCUUCAGCCAACAAGGAGUCCUUCACCCACAGUACACGCUUCUAGUACACCUGCUGUGAACAUUCAGCCAGAUGUUUCGGGAGGUUGGGACUGGCAUGCUAAACCAGGAGGCUUUGGAAUGGGAAGCAAGUCAGCUGCCACCAGCCCAACAGGAUCCUCGCACGGUACUCCCACCCAUCAAAGCAAACCCCAGACUCUGGAUCCUUUUGCCGACCUUGGAACGCUAGGUAGUUCUUCAUUUGCCAGCAAACCCACCACACCGACUGGAUUGGGUGGAGGAUUUCCGCCUCUCAGCUCACCACAGAAGGCAUCCCCCCAGCCUAUGGGUGGAGGGUGGCAACAGGGAGGAGGUGGCUAUAGCUGGCAGCAGCCGCAGCCUAAGCCUCAGCCCAGCAUGCCCCACUCGUCUCCCCAGAACCGGCCCAACUACAACGUGAGCUUCUCCGCCAUGCCUGGAGGCCAGAAUGAACGUGGGAAAGGAUCGGCUAAUGUGGAAGGGAAACAGAAGGCAGCUGACUUUGAAGACCUACUCUCGGGUCAAGGUUUCAAUGCUCACAAAGACAAAAAAGGGCCUCGAACAAUAGCUGAGAUGAGAAAGGAGGAAAUGGCUAAGGAAAUGGACCCUGAGAAAUUAAAGAUUCUGGAAUGGAUUGAAGGCAAAGAGAGAAAUAUCAGAGCACUUCUUUCCACGAUGCACACCGUGCUGUGGGCUGGAGAGACCAAGUGGAAGCCAGUUGGCAUGGCAGACCUGGUGACACCAGAGCAGGUGAAGAAAGUGUACAGGAAGGCUGUCCUGGUGGUGCACCCAGAUAAAGCUACCGGGCAACCCUAUGAACAAUAUGCAAAGAUGAUUUUCAUGGAGCUAAAUGAUGCCUGGUCUGAAUUUGAAAACCAAGGGCAGAAGCCCUUGUAUUAAUUUAUGAGCUUUUCCAUCUCUGAUGCAGACCCGUGCUAAUGCUUAGCGCGUCACAAUUCUGAGGUUUUCGCAGAUGAACCAAAAACUCCAGUAACAUGUUUCCAGUACUCAACUGUUAAAUUUCUUGUGAAUUAAUUUCUCAUUGAUAAGGAAUGUCGAUGUUUGGUUUCUCGAAGUCCCUGCCAUAAAAGAUCCAAAGCAUGAGAGGAACUUUUUUAGCCAGAUGACCUUGUAGAGUUACAACAUUCCAUCCUGCUCUUCGGGAAACCUACUACUGAGCAUUCUGCCUGGGGGAAAUGGAAAAUAGUGGCCACCACCCAUGAAGGCAUAUCACCCAUCUCACUGUCUGAGAAUAGGAUUAAUGAGCAAAAGUUAUGAUAACAGGAUUAUAUAAUGGUUUAAAAUAAUGGUCUUUAGAUUAUCUUGGAAAUAUAUGAUUUGAGCAAUGGCUUUAUGCAGACUCCAGGAACAUAACCACCAAGAGUUUUUUUUGUUUGUUUGUUUUUUAGUAGAAAUUUACUAAGGUCUUUAGCACAAUACUGUAUACAUCGUUUGGUCAAGAAAACUAACAUAUAUAAAAGAAUUUGAAUUGUGGGAAGUGAUUAUAUUAAUACUACAGUACAGUGAUUACCACCAACUCUUUCUAGAUAGGCUAAAAAUUAGUGAAAAUGCUGGCUAAAGAAAAUAGUGACUCUGAAGAUGUAGAAAACUUGAUUCCUGCUCAGGAUGUUGGGCUAUUUUCCUUUCCCUUUAGAAAACUGUGGUUGAUUAAAGAAAAAGUCUUAAUACCAUAACAAUGCUAAACCUGAUUUGAAAGAAACUUCUAAUUUUACCAUAAGGCUUAAUGCUCUUUCUUUUGUUUAGCCAAGAAAACAUUCUUAGCUGGAAACAGGUUGUAAAGCAGUUUGGUCCAUUCACAAUUUAUCAGGACCUGUAACUGGUAUGGACUCCGUGUUCUCUAGUUUGUGAGUGGUUGUGGUAAGAGAAUAGAAGAUGACAACACUGAAUUCGAGUCAUGAGAAAGGCGCGAUUGCAGUGAGAGAGCUGUGCCCACCCUCAGAUCCAGCUAGAUGGCUUGUCAGUAUUUGCUUUGAGGAACCAAGUCCCACCUCCCCACAUGUAAAUCUGAACUCCUUGGAUUAUUACAGUGGGGUUUUAUGUUUUAAAAAUAGUUGGGGAUUCACAGGAGCAACAUUCACCCUGGGACAUUUGUGAAAGCAAAGCAAGAAUGAAACCUUUCCAGACCUCAGACUGGUUAGAUUUCAGAUCAGUGUUGUGGCUGGUUCUCAUUUUGAGGGGUAAGCAGUUUGCUAUCCUGUGACUUUAGUAGAUUUUGGUAGUACACAUACACAACGUGCAUUAUAUAUAUAUGCAAAGCAGAUGGGCAAAAAGAUUUUCAUGCUAAUCUUAAAAGGUUCACGCUCAAUAUUGUGAAAAGCUUUUAAAAGUUAUUUUUAAAAGACAAUCAUUUUUUGUUUCUGUUUUAAUUUCUUGUGGCAAACUGUACCAGAAAAGCAGCAUGUCAAAAAUACUUUAGGUUCCAUAUAGAUCUCUCUUGCUCUCUCUCUUUUGUUUUGUUUUGUUUUGUUUUUGUUACAAAAUUUCAUUAUUUAUUUUACUGGCAAUGUAAAACUUGCAAAAAAAGUUCUUUUAAAAUAUACAGUCAUAAACUGUUCAAGGUAACCAUAACAAACUAGGUGUUAUUUAUUAACGUAUUAUAAAAUAAUGUUUGAUCCAGUAUGUGCUUGUCUUAUUUAAAGUUGGAAUGUGAGACAUGUUGCUGUGACCUGUGUUUUGUUUUUUUUCUCAUUCACAUUUGUAGAUAUUGUGUGAACUACAGUAUAUAAUGAUAAUAAUUAAAAGGAUAUUCUGUGGGUGUCAUGUACAUUUUGAAACGAUAGCACUACAUUAGCUUUGUAUCAUGUUUGGAUAAUUCAUCAAUGUUCACAGUUUAAAACAUCAUUAAACAUUAUGUAAUUAGUAAUGAGAAGGAAUCUUACUUAAAUUUGGGGAUUUCCCCAUAUCUCUUUGCCGGAUACAUUAUAAUUCUGGACCCAUAUUUAUCUCAAAACUCUUAACAUAUGCAGACCAACAGGUUUUUGCAUUCCUUUUAAAUAUCUGGUUGUGACAGAGCUUGUUGUUGAUCAGAUUCACUGUUUCAUUCAUAUUUAUUGUAAUAUAGUUUUUGUUUUGUAAAUAUGUUACACACAACAAAAUGUGAUUGGUCUAAAAUAUUUGUAAUGUAUAUUAAAAGGCUCAAAAAUA